AUGUGCGACUGCAGUGGGAGGAGCGCAGACAUCACCACAGAACAGCUGGGUGGCAGUGGUGCUCAGAGCCCAGUGCUUCAGAACCCCUCAGUCAGCCCCUCAGUCAGCCCCUCAGUCAGCCCCUCAGUCAGCCCCUCAGUCAGCCCCUCAGUCAGCCCCUCAGUCAGCCCCUCAGUCAGCCCCUCAGUCAGCCCCUCAGUCAGCCCCUCAGUCAGCCCCUCAGUCAGCCCCUCAGUCAGCCCCUCAGUCAGCCCCUCAGUCAGCCCCUCAGUCAGCCCCUCAGUCAGCCCCUCCGUCAGCCCCUCAGUCAGCCCCUCAGUCAGCCCCUCCGUCAGCCCCUCCGUCAGCCCCUCCGUCAGCCCCUCCGUCAGCCCCUCCGUCAGCCCCUCCGUCAGCCCCUCCGUCAGCCCCUCCGUCAGCCCCUCCGUCAGCCCCUCCGUCAGCCCCUCCGUCAGCCCCUCCGUCAGCCCCUCCGUCAGCCCCUCCGUCAGCCCCCGUCAGCCCCUCCGUCAGCCCCUCCGUCAGCCCCUCAGUCAGCCCCUCAGUCAGCCUCUCAGUCAGCCCCUCAGUCAGCCCCUCAGUCAGCCCCUCCGUCAGCCCCUCCGUCAGCCCCUCCGUCAGCCCCUCCGUCAGCCCCUCCGUCAGCCCCUCCGUCAGCCCCUCCGUCAGCCCCUCCGUCAGCCCCUCCGUCAGCCCCUCAGUCAGCCCCUCAGUCAGCCCCUCAGUCAGCCCCUCCGUCAGCCCCUCAGUCAGGCUGACAGCCCUGGGAACAACCCCCCACACAAUCACAGCUGCACACUGGAGCUGGAACACUGUCACCAUAACAAAUGUGACGGCCCAUACUGCUAA